CUUUCAACCUGGAGACUUGUCGACUUAUGGUCUCAAUGCUGGAUAGAGAUAUGUCUGGCACCAUGGGUUUCACUGAAUUUAAAGAACUCUGGGCCGUGCUGAAUGGCUGGAGACAACACUUCAUCAGUUUUGACAGCGACAGGAGUGGAACCGUGGAGCCACAGGAGUUGCAGAAGGCGCUGACAGCAAUGGGAUUCAGGUUGAGUCCGCAGGCUGUGAAUGCAAUUGCAAAACGGUACAGCACCAACGGCAAGAUCACCUUCGAUGACUACAUCGCCUGCUGUGUCAAGCUGAGGGCCCUCACAGACAGCUUUCGAAGACGGGAUACUGGUCAGCAAGGUGUUGUGAAUUUCCCGUAUGACGACUUCAUUCAGUGCGUCAUGAGUGUGUGAACCCGGAGGAAGCGGGGUGCGCCGCGCCGCCUUCCGGCUUCCGGCCAGAGCUUGCUCCUGCCCGCGCUCACGCCUGGCCCCCGUGACAGGCGGGAACCUGCACCGCUGCUGUGCUCACCGCUGCUGAAAAGCUGUUGUGUUUAGUUUUGAUAAUAAAUUCUUUGGAACUUUACAAAUAGAA